CCAAAUACAAAAAUCAAUCUUCCCCUAUCCACACCGAGACAGUGUCUUUCGUCGAACCGGCAAAAACCUCUCAGUUCGGUCCGGUCCGUUCCUCCGUCGUCCUCUAAUGGCGACAACUCAUCCAUGCCUUCUCGGCCAGAGAAUCUCCGUUCCUCGAUUUCAUCUCCUCUUCAGCCCCAAAAACUCUCCAAAUCCGGACACACGCUCCAAUUUCUCCGUAUCUAUCGGCCUACGACACUCCUUUGCUUCUUCUUCUAUAUCAACCUGUUACCCUAAAACACCAUCUCGGAGCUGUCUACGAAAUUGCGCCGCCGUUGAUGACGCUGAUACCAGUUCCUCUGAGGAUAAGUGGGAUUGGGAUCGUUGGAACCGUCACUUCUCCGAGAUUGAAGAAGUCGAGACCGUUGUUUCUCUUCUCAAGUCUCAACUUGAAGAGGCCGUUGAAAAAGAAGACUUUGAAGAAGCAGCUAAGUUGAAACAAGCCAUCGCAGAAGCUACUGUUGAUGAUACUGUCGCUGAGAUCAUGCGUCAGUUACAGACUGCAAUACGCGAAGAGCGUUACCAUGAUGCUUCCAGGUUAUGCAAUCAGACAGGAAGUGGACUGGUGGGUUGGUGGGUUGGUCGUCCUCGAGAUUUUGAGGCACCAUUUGGCAGACUUGUACACAUAACUCCAGGUGUUGGUAGGUUUAUUGGCAUGAGUUACAGUCCAAGACAGCUUGUGGCUGAAGCUGCUGGAACACCUCUGUUUGAGAUUUUUGUUGUUAAAGACACUGACGGAGGAUAUGUUAUGCAGGUGGUGUAUUUGAAGCAAAACCUGUCCACUUCCGAGAAUUCCUAUUUACGAGCACAUCAAUCAUCGAAUGCCCCAAUUGAUGACCCAUCCCUUCUAGAUGUGCGAGGAAGUGAAGUGAAGGUGGAUAAAAAAGAAGAUAGGCUACUACAUGCCGAGGAACCAACUGAAGAAGGAAUUAAAAAUGUGCUAAAAUUUCUAAAAGAUAAAAUCCCAGGGCUAAAGCUGAAAGUAAUGGAUGUAAUUAAAAUCCCUGAGGAAAAUAUUGUAGAUAGUGAUGAUGCUACUGAAGAUCUGGUUGAAGAAGGAAUUGAGGAAUCAAAUUCUUCUGAUGAAGGAGAAGAAGAAAAAGAAGGAAAAAAUGACAGUAUUGAGGAAAUUUCAUCCAUGGAUAGUGCAGAUUAUGAAAAGCAUUUAAACACUAAGCUUGUUAUCGGAGGGGUUCUACACAACAUAGAGGAUUCCUCCAUAGAUGAUGAUAUUGUCCGUGUUCAGGCAGAUAUUAUGGAUACCGAAAGAGAUUCCUUUAUCUUGCAUGUUCCUUGGCAAAGUGUGAUUGAUUUGGAUAUCGAUACAAGGAAAAACAGAGCAUCCAAGGAACAAGUAACAUCUAUUGCAGCUCAAGGAAUUUCAGAUCUGAUGCCACCAGAGGUUGCCAAGACGUUCUGGGGUUCAGAGAAAGCUUCUUUGAAGGUAUCGAGAAAUUUGCAUGAGAUGGUCAAGCGUUCUAUUACUGAGGAACAAGAACGAAACCAUUUCUACGAGUAUACAGCAUUUAAUAGAAUCAUAACUCCUGAAAGCAACCUAGACCCUUUUGAUGGCCUAUAUGUGGGUGCAUUCGGGCCUUAUGGCACCGAGAUAGUGCAACUUAAGCGCAAGUAUGGUCGUUGGAAUGAUGCAGAGGGAAGUAACUCUUCAGAUAUAGAGUUCUUUGAAUAUGUCGAGGCUGUAAAGUUGACAGGGGAUCCAAAUGUGCCGGCGGGCCAGGUGACAUUUCGUGCAAGGAUUGGGAAUGGGAGUCGCAUGACAAAUCAUGGAUUGUUUCCAGAGGAAUUGGGAGUGCUUGCGAGUUACAGAGGACAAGGAAGAAUCGCCGACUUUGGGUUUAAGAACCCAAAAUGGGUCGAGGGCAAGUUAUUAAAACUCAAUGGAAAGGGAAUGGGACCAUAUGUGAAAGGCGCGGAUCUUGGAUUUUUAUAUAUUGGUCCUGAGCAAAGUUUCUUGGUAGUUUUCAACCGUCUGAGACUGCCCGAGUGACCAAAUCGUUAUUGAUCGAAACGCCGUCUUCUUUCAUUGUAACUAUAAUCUCCUUUUCUUUGUUCCUUGCACUUUAAAACCAAUAACACCCCGAGCGUGUUUAUACUAGCUAGAACUUUUAGUUUUUUAGAUAUUUUGGGUUUUAUGAUAUAUUUUUUUUUUUUUGUGAACCGGGUUUUAUGAUAUAAUAACUAAGUUUAAACCAUAUAGUCUGUGGAUUGUUCA